CUGAAACUAAGCCAAAUGAGCAUCGUGCAGCCCUGACACCUUCCACGUGUCAAACUUUGCUUCAGCAUGGUUUCCAAAUCACUGUUGAAAGAUCUACGGAACGAAUAUUUAGUGAUGACGAAUACGAAAAAGUCGAGUGUGCUCUAGUUCCGAUGGGAACUUGGAGAACGGCACCACUUGAUGCAUAUAUUAUCGGUCUCAAGGAACUUCCAGAGAACGAUGAUUCUCCUUUGUCACAUUCGCACAUCUUCUUUGCGCACUGUUAUAAAAAUCAAGAGGGUUGGAAGGAAGUAAUUAGGAGAUUCAUCAAAGGCAAUGGAUUGAUCCUUGACAUGGAAUUUUUGACCGAUGACAAAAAUCGUCGAGUGGCUGCAUUUGGUUAUCAUGCUGGUUUCUCGGGUACGGCUUUGGGACUCGAUGUAUGGGCCCAACAACAACUCCUCCCGGAGGAAAAAUACCCAUCGGUUUCGCCAUAUCCGGAUGAAAGUAAACUGGUCAAUCAUAUAAAGGAGAGGUUGGAGAAUGCAACUAAACUAAAAGGAAGGCCUCCGCGCGUCAUGGUCAUGGGUGCUUUGGGUAGAUGUGGUAAAGGUGCAGUUGAUUUUGCGCGUAAAGCCGGAAUCUCCGAAGAGAACAUCGUCAAAUGGGAUAUGGAAGAGACAAAGCAAGGCGGACCAUUUCUUAAAAUCCUAGAAUCCGAUGUCUUUGUAAACUGCAUUUAUCUCAGCCAGAAAAUACCGCCGUUUAUCACAAAAGAAUUGUUGGAUAAUCAACGGCAACUUUCGGUUAUUGUGGAUGUGAGUUGCGAUACCACCAAUCCCAAUAAUCCUCUUCCCAUUUAUACCGUUAAUACUACCUUCGAUGACCCUACUAUUUAUGUGGAAACAAAAAAUCCUCAUCCUCUCGAAGUCAUUUCCAUCGAUCAUCUACCAACAUUGUUACCAAGGGAAAGCAGUGAACAAUUUUCUCGAGAUUUACUGCCUAGCUUAAUUCAAUUGUCCGAGCGCGAUACCGCAAGAGUGUGGGUUGACGCCGAAAAAUUAUUUAGAGAAAAAGCUUCAUUAAUUGAUUCUUAG